GGGUCCAGGUGGUGCGUCCCGGGACAGGGGGCUCACCCGCUCUGAGCUCUGCGGCUGCCCGCCCCCAAGCUGGGAAGCGCGCUGAAUCCAGCCUGCAGGCGGACUCCCGGCGACCCCCUAGGAUGCCAGAGGCUAGGAACUCCUGCCAGGACCUCACGCGAUGGAAGAAGAAGAAGCCGCCGGUCCGCCGCACGGUUAGCCAGAUCUGCCCACCCCCGCGGCGGCCCCUGACCGUGGCCGACAUCCGGCCGGGCAUGGAGAACGAGAGGCUGGGGGUCGUGCGGGAUUCCAUGUUUCAGAACCCUCUCAUCGUCAAGGCUGAGCUUGGGAAGCCCCGGGAAAGAAGCUGCAGUCUGCCCGGAAUUAAUUUUAAUUACGGACUCUACAUCCGGGGGCUGGAUGGAGGGGUCCCUGAAGCCAUCGGACACUGGAACGUGUUUAAACAGCAGCCGACUUGCCCCCACGAGCUGACCCGGAAUUAUAUUGCCAUGAACAGAGGGGCCGUAAAGGCUGGCCUGGUCACUGCCCGGGAGAAUUUGCACUACCGUCAGCUCAACGACAUCCGCAUCAGUGACCAGGAUGACAGGCGCCUCAAGAAGGAACUGCCCUCCCUCCCUCCAAAUAUGACGUUCGGGAUCCGGGCACGGCCUUCCACCCCCUUCUUUGAUCUGCUGCAGCAUCGGUACCAGCAGCUGUGGGUGCAGGAACAGAAGGACACCCAGAAAGCCAUUAAACUGGAGAAAAAGCAUAAGGUGAUCCUUGGGAAGCUCUACGAGACCCGGAGCAGUCAGCUGAGGAAGUACAAGCCGCCCGUGGGGCUGGACACCCUCUGGCACAUGCCCCACUUCCAGAAGGUGGGCCCCCAUCUCGCAACCUUCCCCACCGAGGCCGAUCGCCAGAGAGCCUUCAAAGCCCACCGGGAAGAGUGUGCCGUGCGCCAGGGGACCCUGAGGAUGGGCAACUACACCCACCCCUAAAGCCUGUCUGACGCGGUAGAAAAUUCUCUGAAGGAGUCGCCUGCCUUGCCCCAACUCACACAAGACACUCCCCCAUUGCUCCGGGUUCUGCCUCGGCCAGGACCUCGGACUCGGGUCUUAGAUGAAUUAUUUUUGCUAAGAGCCCCCUUUAGAGUUAGCCACUCUCACUCCCCUUAGCCCCAGCAACCCCUCACUUAGGGACUCCCCUCCUCCAGCAGGACUCUACCUCGCUUCUCAAGCCCCAGGCUGAUAAGAGAAACUCAAGUUUCAGGGCAGAUUUUAUAGGCUCCAGACUAAGGCUCUGUCCUCAAGUACUAAAA